AGAGCACUAGCUAACCCAUGCUCACGUUCUACUGCCUUCAAAAGUAUGAGUGGCGGUACAGGUAUGUUUCCUUUUCCAGAACGUCAUGGACUUCCUAGACCUCCUACAGGGAAUUGGUCAGCAGGUGGAAUAAUCGCAAGAUUCAAAUCCUACUCCUUUCCCAAGGCUGGCAGCAAAAAGCAAAGUUUGGCCGAAGUUAGUCGUCAUGGAAGCGUUUCUUCAAUAAAUCCAUAUGUUUCGAGACCAAAAUCAGAUGAAAGAGUUUCAGAUAGUUCCAUGUAUUCCAUGCCAAUGGACACAGACGUGUAUCGAGGAAUAUAUGAAGAUCCUGAUGAGCUAAGAACUCAAACUCUGAAAAUAAAGCGAGAACAACUCCUGAUAGCUGAUAUUGAACUGGGUUCAGGCAAUUUUGGGACUGUGAAGAAAGGAAUCUUUAAAAAACAACAAAAUCUGAAAAGAAAGUUGCCGUGAAGAUUCUUAAGAAUGACAGCAACGACCCUUCCACCCAGGAGGAGCUGCUUACUGAAGCAAGGGUCAUGCAACAGUUGGAUAACCCAUACAUUGUCAGAAUGAUCGGAGUUUGUGAGGCGGAGGCUUGGAUGUUGGUUAUGGAGCUUGCAGAAUUAGGACCAUUAAAUAAGUUUCUAGCUAAGAACAGGGAUGUCUCAGACAAGAACGUAACAGAACUUGUUCAUCAAGUUUCCAUGGGAAUGAAGUAUCUGGAAGAAAAUAAUUUUGUCCACAGGGAUUUGGCGGCCAGAAAUGUGCUUUUGGUGACUCAGC